AGCUCGGACAAGAUGAUCGCAAAAUUACUAAUCUUCGUGCUUGCUAUACACAUGGCGACGUGCACAUCAAUGUUUACUGAAAAGCAACUGGUUCAAUCAACGAUGCCGAAGCCAACUUUAACAGGUUAUCCUUUUAAUGGAGUGAUUGAGUUUUUAAAUUGCCCUGGUUUAAUUCAUGAGGGAAUAUUAAUAAAUCAAUGGAAAAUUUUGAAGCUAGAUAACACUUGUAAACUGCAAGCAAAUAGUAUAAUAAUAGAAGACAGUAUAAUUUUGGUGGAAGAAACAAGUCUCUAUUUGAUUGCCAAUCACGUCAAGCUUCUUAGAACCACGAUUAUUGGAAACAACCACACUAUACGCAUAGUUGCAGAAAAUAUAGAGUUAUACUCUAACCGAUUCGUUGGCGAUAAUUCAACCUAUGAAGCUCUGGGAAUUAAUAUUUCUACACGCCAGAACGACCAUGUGGGUGAUUAUUCAAGUUAUAAAGUGCUCGGAUCUUACAUAGAGGAACAAUUGGACAUGUUUACUGGAAUUUAUCAGUAUCAUAACCUGACAACAGUCGAUAUACAGCAGAUUCGCAACGAAUAUUCUGAAGACCUACCGAUUUACAACCUUGUUGAAUUUGGGACCGGAAAUCCUGACAGCACUAUUAAUGAAAGUAAAUAUAUCGUGCGGCAAGGUUGCGUCUUUCGGGGAAAUCAUCGCUAUUACCACAUUAACGCACCUUUUUUCUGCAACGAUAAUAAUGAUUAUAACGAAAAUUUUGAUAGUUGGUUUCUUACGGGAAGUGGAAAAGAAUGCAAAAUAAGUACAAAUUUAUAUGAUAGCAAUGAUAAGAUUUUGAAGUUGAAGGGAAUCGAGUAUGAUGUUCUGUAAUACUUGCUGGUGUAACGAUAAAUAACUAUAAUGAAUAAUGGUAUUUUAGACAAUAAAUUAUAGAAUUCUUUCAUUCUCAUUCCAUCAAUUAUAUCAACUUUUAACAUUGUAUAGUUUGAUGCCUGAAACAACUCAAAGUGUCCAAUUUUAUUGAUUGUUACUUAUCAUAAUCUCUCCU